AGAUCUAUUAAAUGGUGAAAUUAGUAGAAAGUGAAGUUCAAUUUAUGACAUUUGCUUGGUGGAUGGCGACUGGGACUUGACGGUAGACUUGGCGACUGAAACUCGUGUUUGAGAGCUGGAUGUCUUUUUUAGUUGAUUAAAAGGACUUAUGUUCCAGGGUACACCAGCAAGAUGGCGUCCUCUGCAGCCGGCACCCCAGCGCCCAGUUCGGCCUCCCGCUACCAGAAAAUGGAAACAAUCAGCGACAACGUGGAAGGCAUUUUGGAUCUUUGUCCCAAAUAUGCGAGUAAAAUCUUAAACAUUGAAUGUAGCGACAAAAACCCUGCUGAGACGUACAUGGUCUACAUGGAGAGACAUCGAAAACCCAGCGUUUUAUCGCGAGCUGCUUUGAAGAAGAUGUGUGGGUUCUCCUACAAAACUUUUGAAAGUGCCACGACUGCCGAUAAAAUGGACAUGUCUGCACUAAACGCUCUUCUUAACUGUAUUUUCAAAGUUAAAGAUGAUGGGAGGGACUUUACGGAGCUAUUGAACAAAGUGCGAGAGAUCACUAAUGUGAGAAAUGAUGUCAUGCAUAACCUCUCUUCAGUGAACGACCCAACAAAGUUUGGUGUAAUCCAAACCAAAUUGUUUGACCUGAUCGAAGAAGCUAAGUUGUUUUACCCCGGUUCUGUGAGCGAGAUUAACAUUAUGGAACGAGAGCUACAACUCGAAAUAAACUGCGGUUUUUCUCCUGGUUGCAGCGAGUUAGCUUACCACUGUCAUUGUGUACUGGCUGAAGGGAUAACAAUUACAAAUAAGUUUUUCCACGAUUACGCUGAAGAAGCUUUGAACUUUGAUAUGGGCUACGUUAAAAGGACUGAAGUGUUCCACCCACUGGAGGUGAUGCUACAAGACGAGAGAAGCAACAAGCUUCAUUUUCAAGACUUGUUCAAAUCUUCAAAUGAAGAAAUAGUUCUGGUUUCAGGCGAAGCGGGCGCUGGAAAGACGACUCUUCUCUUGAACAUUAUACUUCAGUUUAACGCAGCGCCUUACUUGCAGGGCUAUGAAGUCCUCUUAUACAUCGAGUGCAGGGACAGAACAACGAAAAGUUUACAACAAGUCGCUAGGCAACAUUUUGGAGACAAUUUUUGCUUGAAAUUAGGAGGCGAGGAUAAAGUUCUGCAAGCCCUCAAGCAGCUCCAUGUGCUGUUCCUGGUCGAUGGAUUCGAUGAAAAAAACACAAUAUCGACGGCAGUUUUGGAGGAGCUGUUGAAGAAAACCUGGCACUCAAACUCUCGUAUUUUGUUCACUACUCGCCCACAUACUGUCGAAGAUCUGAAGAAAUUAAUUGCACAAAAUCACCGCAAACUAUCACAGUACAAGAUAUCGCCUCUAACAGAGUUAUCGGAACAGUUAGCGUUCAUUGCGAGGUAUGAACAAGUUCUAUUCCCUGCUCCUACUCCCUCACAAGCGAUGCAGGAACGAUUUUCCAAACUUGAUCCGCAAUUACGACAACUUUUCACGGAGCCAAUAUCGUUGCUGCACUUCUGCUCUAUUUACAAAGAGACUCCAGAAAAGAUUGACCGUUGGAGGAGCUUCAACGAUGUGUCGCGGGACACAUUGCAGUUACAAAAGACCAUCGUUGCUGCCAAGCUCAUCAGCAUCGGUGCCCCCAACAACGAUGUUUUAAUUGACGACCUCUUCAUGGUUUUUGGCAAGUGUUCGCUAGAGUUUCUCUGCUGUAACAAGAUGACAUUUACCGACGCUGAACGCGUGCGGUUGCUGCGCAAAUGUUGCGACAAAAUCAACUUUUACUGCCAAGGCGUUGACGCUGGCGUGUUCCUCAACGUCAUGCUUAAAGUGAAGCGAUCGCUGUCAGGGAGCGCAGGCACAACCUACUCCUUUGCGCAUAAGUCCACGCAGGAGAGAUUAGCAGCGCAUUACAUUACUGAAGAAAUGCUGAAGGCAAACAAUCCUUGUCUCACAGACCUGGGAGUAACUGAUGAGACAUGUCCAAGCUUAUAUGAGGUGCUGCUGUGCGUGGUUCAGCUGCUGCACGAUGAAGAUUCUAUCAAAUUCAGCCAACACUGGCAGGAGCUGAAGGAUGCGCUGCGCCAUGCUGAUGUCACCACCUUCGGCGCCGUAAGGGACUGCGUCCGGCGUUGCCCCGACGUGCCUCAGAUGGCCGAGCUCGCCGCCCUCACUGAUCUCACCCAGGCAUGGGUCGUCAUGGCUGGUGGGUGAUGGUG